CAGUAGAAUUAUUAUCUAGCUCAGCACAGUUCAGCACAGAUCCGCCGCAUUUCCCCGAGGACACCUCCUCGCCGCCGGCUUCAUGUUUGCUGACAUGGUGUCCCAGUUGACGUCUCUUCAGCAGGAGUUACUCAGCGCCUUGUUGGACUCGGGACUGACCAAGGACGAGCUCGUGCAGGCGCUGAACGAGCUCGAGCCGCGCGCGCACGGCUUCGCUAUCAAAACCGAGAAGCCCUUAUCACCAGCGAGCGCGAACGGCGCCAGCGAUACGGACUCCAAGCCGGUAUACAUGACCUUGCAGGCAGCCAGAGGGAGUAAAGUGUCCGGGGAUGAAGGCUCGGAGUCCGGGGAGGAUUUCGACACGCCGCCUAUCCUGAGAGAGCUGCAGUCGCUGAACACCGAGGAGGCGAACGAGCAGCGCGCCAUCGUGGAGCGCAUGCUGGCUGAGGAUCCGUGGCGCUCGGCUCGCACUAUCAAAUGCUACAUGCAGCAGCACAACAUUCCUCAGCGCGAGGUGGUGGACGUGACAGGAUUGAAUCAGUCUCACCUCUCGCAGCACCUGAACAAAGGAACACCCAUGAAAACAACCAAACGGGCCUCGCUUUACGCUUGGUAUGUCCAGAAACAGCGAGAGAUUGACCGGCAGUUUGGUCGUGUUCAGGGCUCCAGUGACUCAGGCAGUCAGGAUCAGGUCCUGUUUUUUUUCCCAGAAUUCCAACACAGCGGGGGGCAGAGCACUGGCACCGCGUCGGGGACGCUUACAGACGAUGGAGUCCCGGGUUCGAAAAGACUGAGACGGAACCGCUUUAAAUGGGGCCCGGCGUCGCAGGAGAUCCUGUACAAGGCGUAUGAGAGGCAGAAGAACCCCAGCAAAGAGGAGAGAGAGGCGCUGGUGGAGGAAUGCAACAGGGCUGAGUGUGUACAGAGGGGUGUGUCACCCUCUAAAGCCCACGGUCUCGGCUCUAACCUGGUCACGGAAGUUCGCGUCUAUAACUGGUUUGCUAACCGGCGCAAAGAGGAAGCUUUCCGCCAGAAGCUGGCCAUGGAUGCGUAUCCAGUUCACAGCAUGAGCUCCUUACUGCCUCCCGUACACAGCCACCACCACCACCACCACGGCAGCCCGGAUACCAAACUCAGAUACAGCCAUCAGGGAUCCAGUGAUGUCACUUCCUCAACAGGCAUCGGUCACCAUGGCAACAGCCAGUCGGUGUUACAGCAGGUGUCUCCACCCGGCCUGGACCCCUGUCACAGCCUGUUGUCCCCUGAAGCCAAGAUGAUUUCUGCCUCGGGUGGAGUCUUGCCCCCUGUGAGCACUCUGACCAACAUCCACAGUCUGUCCCAGUCGUCUCACCAUCACCAGCAGGCUCAGAGUCUCAUCAUGACCCUCGCUGCUCAGAGCCUGAGUGCUCCUCCGACUCAGAAUGUGCCCAUCAUUAACAGCGUGUCUGGUCUGACGGCGUUGCAGCCCAUGCAGUUCCCACACAGCCCCAACCUCACACCACUUACUGCACACUCCUCCCAGCAGGCCUAUGCACACAUGUACUCACCCAAGCAGGAGCCUCCUCAACCCUACUCUCACCCCUCUCGAUUCUCCUCCAUGGACACCAGUGCUAUCUCUCACCUGGGUUCCAGCAAGCAGUGCCCUUUGCAGGCUUGGUGACAUUGUCCAGGUGUGAAAACACUUCCUCGGCAGCUAAGCAACAAAUGUGCCUUACCGCAGUAGCCUUGACAACCUCUCAUGCCAAAGAACCAUAUGGAGGAGCGCUGUGAUCACAAUGAACCACUAAACAACACCGAAUCUUUAUCUCCGAUGCCUGGACAAGAGGGUGAUACUGGAAGAAAGGAGAUUUGUCUCCAGACUAGCAUUACUGCAUUUUCUGUUCAAAAUGUUAAUGUCAGAAUGAGUGAACUCUGACUGAUUAGUUGACUGACAAGUGUACGAUCAUACAGACGCUCUGGAACUGCGUGAAAUUCUUUUAAUCAAUGAAAGCUGCAAAAGUGGCUUUAGUGUAUAUAGUUCAAGAUGUUUCUACUGUAUAAUUUUAUGUUGAAGAUGAAAUAUGGAUUGAAAUGUAGUGUGAGGUCAAGCAAGAGAGAAUAACAGCAAGACUACAGUAUGGGUAUGAGUUCUGUAUAAUUACAAAUUAUCUUUAUUUUAUCGGAUGAUUUAUUUCGUCAGGUUUUUUUCCUUAGUUCUCUUGCAUAUAAUGAACAUCAGAAUAGAAACCAAAGGUACUCUCAGGAACUGAUUUUUUAAAUACAUCAAUUUAAGGAAACAAAAAAUACUUUGUACAUUCUGGAUUUGUUUGAAUCACAUUUAUAUUCAUGUAAAACAGUAUAAAAUGCAUUCUUUCUUUCAAGAAUAGGAUCCUACACACACAACCUGCCAUCCUGAAGUGAUUAUCUCUCCCUGCUUGCUAAUAGCUUGAGAGAGAUUGUGAGAAAGUGCACUGUCUAGGGAGGGGUGUUUAUUUUAGACUCACCCCAUUAGGUCUAUUUCCUCUGACCCGGGCCUCUGCUCAAAUGGUGUGAAAAAUCACUUGAGCAAUCACUCCACGGAAAUGAGCAAAAUAAGUCAUGAUGCUUUUUUCCUUACUUUUACCUUUCAACCUUUGCAGACUGUGAUUAAAAAUAGAAAACUGCUAGUCAGUUAUAGUACCCUGAAAAAACCCUACAGUAGGUAUAAGAGACUGGAUUUUGAUUUUAAUAAAUGUCACAAUUCAGUGUCUAAUAUUCUUAUACAGUAUAUUAUUUUCUGAAACACUCGUGGUAUGUACUGUACAUUAAAUGCAAAAACAAGUUAAUAAUAUGUGUAAUAUAAAAACUGUAAUAAGAUCAAACCUUACUGUUUUGAUUAUGUUUUUUUUUCUUUUUACAAAUUAUUUUCUAGGAGGUAUCUCUAUUAAAUAUUUCUCAAAAAUGUAUUGAAUAAUUUUUUUUAUUUCUCCAUGACCACAAUUUUUUAAAUAACAAAAUAUUCACAUAAUCACCAAUAGGGGUCAGUCUUUCUCUCUCUCUCUCUCUCUAUAUAUAUAUAUAUAUAUAGAGAGAGAGAGAGAGAGAGAUAGAGAGAGAGAGAGAGAGAGAGAGAUACAGUGUGCGGCAAAAAAAAGUAUACACACCAGGUAAAAAAGCAUUUGUGUCAAUAUUUUGAUACUAAAUCUAUGAAUGAAUUAUUAUUAUUAUUACAUGAUGAAUUAUUACUUAUAUGCUCAUAUAGAGUCAGCCAAAAAUGUGUACACACUUCAGGAAAAGAGCUUGUAUAAAUAUUUUUUAUAUUUAAUUUAUUGCUAUAUGUUAUAUAUUGAUACCACUCACAGACUCGAGGGGGCCUAGAGCCUAUCCCAGGAGACUUAGGCCACGAGGUGGGGUACACCCUGGACGGGGUGCCAAUCAUCUCAAGGCACAGAUGAAGUAUGUUAGAGUGGUGAAGGACAUGUAUGAGAGCUGUAAGACAGU